GUACAGAAUAGUGAGUUGGCUCCUCGACUAAAGUCACCAACUCCCUACCUUCAAUCAAGGAUGCUCUAUCAACCUAGGCAGAUAUUCUCAUUCUAGGUCAAAGCAGAAACAACAAGAAUUUGAUCAAGAUUCAAGUCAUUCAAUCAUUCAAACCUCAAUCGAAUAUAAUCAAAUCAUAGAAUCAGUACUUGGGUUCAUACAAUCAAAGCCUAACAUACAAAUCUAGGAUUCUCCAUACCCAUAUGAAUGGGAGAACUACUCCAUGGAGAAAGAGGCAAAAGCAGAAUCAGACGCGGAAUUCAUACUGUGAAGGUUGGAUUCCUGCUCCUGGACGUUGAUCGGCACUUCUCCAAGCUCAAGCUGGCCUCCAAUGGUGUUGAAGAUCAAUCUAGGGCACUUGGAGACUCUUGUUCGUCGCUUUCUCUCUCUAGGAAUCGUUCUCUCUCUCAAAAACUCGAAUCCCCUUCUGUUUGGCUGAAAAUCUGCUUAAAAGGGCAUCAGUGGCCAAAGCACGGUCGAGGGCACGGCCGUGUAAUGCCUCAGCCCGCCCGUGCUUUGGCUAGGGUUAAUUACACGACCAGUGCAUUGGUGCAAACACGGCCGUGCUUUGGAGAGGACACGGCCGUGCUUUGGGUGAACACGGCCGUGCUUUCAGCCCGUGUUUUGCCAAUGUUUGCCAAACUCGAAUUCGCUCUCGGCAGUAAAAGCACGGCCACAGAACACGGCUGUGUUCUGUUUUAGGUGUGCCCGUGUUUUGGCUCCAGCUCGACGAAAUGACUUCCGAAUGCCCCGAAACUCGUGCUUAGCCUUCCCUUUGACGCCUGGGACCUGAAAUAUGACAAAAUAGCACAACCCGACGUAAAAUAGGCCAAAAUACACGACUAUGCCUCUCAAACGGAUAAGAACUAGGGGCGCAAAUAUGUGCAAUUACAUCGUUAUCAGAAAUCCUAUUAACUGAACAUAUUUCAUGUGACAUAGUAACUUAUCGAAGCGACAGUGGAUUAAAUAAGGUGCUAUGCGGUCUUAAAUAGGAUAUCGUUCUUCAGGCUGAAUAAUUAAGUCAUUGAGCUACGACAGUAGGAUUUGAUUUAAUUGUUUAGUACGUAGUAAUUCCCGACAGGGAUAGCUAGCACCGCAGAGAUAUCCUGGCUGUAAAGAUAUGGAUUAAACUGAUUGGAAUUAAUCUGGAUAGGAUAGGUAGUGAAUCCCGGUGUUUCUCCCAGAGCUUUCUCCCAUAGAUUUAAACCCGACACUUUAAUUUGCUUAAUUAGUUUAAUUAUUUUGCUAGUAGUUAAUAAUCUCGUUAAACCAUUUUCACCUAUAGUUUGCUCUAUUAAAUCGGUAAAUCUUAAGGUUGUACCAGUCCCUGAGAGACGAUACCCAGACUUUCCGGUUUUACUACAAGAUAGGAAUUGAAGCUAUACGCUUUUGACCUAUCAAGGGAACUAUCACACGAAAGAAACAAUCGGCUCAAAGCUCACAGGCUACCUAGUUACCCAACCAUCUAUUCCAAUUCACAAACACGAUGCAUGACAAUUGUAAACAACAAGUGAUCAAGUCAAGACAUCCAUUCAUUUAUGCACACCUAAGAACUAAACUUUUGCCAUAUCCUAAUGAACUUCUAAUUCAUCAUCGUAGGAUAUACUCGAUCACAUGCAACAAUUCAAGAUCAAAUGCCCAAAAAACACGAGAAUUUCCCACCAUCUGACCACUUUGAUCAUGCAAACAUUGCUUGGAGCCCUCAAAUUUUUGAAAUUUGGGCAUACAAAAGGCUCCAAGCAACAUCACACUCACACAAGUAUACUAGUAGACUACCCCCACACACACACCCACACUUAAACUCGACAUUGCCCUCAAUGGCGAAAGAAAGGGGUAGAAUGAUGUUACCGCUUGGGCUUGGUGAGUGAAGGUUGGAAUCGAUCCGGGGUAGGAUAAUUUGAGCUUCAAGGAGAGAAAAAACACACACACACAACCACAUAAUUUCCUCUCUAAGCUAGGCUAAAGCAGCCAAUUAGAUUGCUAGCACCUACAUGCACAAACCUAAGGGUGCUAAGCAUAAAACAUGCACAACCCCUAAGUUGCCAAGCACAAGCAUGCAAAAAUCAUGAUAAAUAAUGCAUCAAUAAUUGAAUUGAACAAUACCCAAUGACAAUUAUCCAAUACACAUAAAAGAAAACUACAUGGUAGAGUUAGGGUUUCACUACACCUAAAUGAAAGGAGGUCUACUCCAUGCUAGAAGUGGGAAAAAUAAAAGGGAAAGAGAUGGAAACCAUCUUGGAGGAUGCUCCCAGUCUUCUUGGAGGAAAUCUUCCCAAAAUCUACCUUGAAGCUAAACCCUAGCCUUCUUCUCCCUUUGGUUCGUGUUUCUCUCUCUAGAAUGUAGAAGAAGGCUUUUCACACCAAAUGGGCUCUUCCCUCUCUCCUCCUUUAAGCUCAUCUUUUAAACCAGAGAUAAGCUGAGUUCACGGCCGUGAACCAUGAAACGCGUCUGUGAACUGCAGGCGUGCGCCAAAACGCGCCUCAUUGUUCACUCGAGUUCACGGUUAACUGCCUUUGUUCACGGUCUUAGUGACCGUGAACUCACCUUGCGUUAGUAACCUUCACUUUGGCUCUGGACUCCUCUCGAUUCACGGUCAACUCCUCUUCUUCACGGUCAUGCAAGACCGUGAACUCCCUUUGCUAACCGUGAACUGGCUCUUUUCACCUCUUCUCACGGUUUUCGAUCCUUUUCGCCAAUCUUUCGACUCUGAGGCUGAUUUCACCUGUUAAAUCCUGAAACAUACUCAAACACGAAGAACCUAGCGUAAAACCAACCUUUAAGGAUUGAACUUGGCACAAACACCUAAGUAAAACGGGAGCAAAACAUGUGCAAUUAGGCCUGAAUCGCCAAUACCAGGUAAUAACAUAGUUUUGUUCAUAUAAACUAUAAAGUGUAUGUAUAUAUCCUUGUUUAAUUGGUUGUUGUAGCCGUAUGCAUAAUUUGAAUUGAGUAUUGUAAAAUUUGAUAGUUUAAUUGGAUAAUACAUAAAGAAAGAAACUAUCUAAUUCUAAUAUUCAUCGGCGGAAGUGUAUAACCUUUUCUUCUAAUUUUGAGAUAAUAUGUUUUGCUACUACUUUAGUUUUAGGGUUAAUACCUUAUUUUGGCUCGAACUAUGACCAUAUAAUCAACUUUGGCACGUGGUUUCAGAACUUAACAUUCUGGCCUCAACCAUGCAAAAUAUAGAUUCAAUUGGCCCGACACAUGGUUUGACCAUCAAUUUGGACGGUCAACACCGUUGACCAUUAGUCAGCAUGCCAUGUCGGCCUAAAAAUAAUUUAAAAAAAUUUAAUUCAAAUUAUUUUUCCAAUUUCUUUUAUUUAUCAUUUUCAAAUUGACCAAAAAAUAAAUUUAAAAAUAUAAAAUAAAAUAAAUUUAUUUUUAUUUUUUGUGAUAUUUGAAAUUGAUAAAUUUUAUAAAUUAACCAAAAAUUAUCAAAUUAAAUUUUAUAAAUUUAAAAAAUAUGAUAUAAAUUAUAUAUUUUAUUUUUUGGAUAAUUUUUAAAAUAUAAAAUAAUUUCAUAAUUUUUGGUUAAUUUAUAAAAUUUAUCUUUUUCAAAUUACCCAAAAAUUAAAUUUAUUUAUGUUUUUUUUAGUUUAUAUUUGGUUAAUUUGAUAAAAAUUAUAAAAAUGAGAAAAAUAAUUAGAAUUUGAAUUUUUUAAUGAUUUUUAGGUUGACAUGGUAAUGACAUGGCGUGUUGACUAACGAUCAAUGGUGUUGACCAUCCAAAUUGAUGGUCAAACUUUGUGUCGGGCCAAUUGAGUACAUAUGUUACACAGUUGAGGCCAAGAUGUUAAUUUCUAAAACCAAUGGCCAAAAUUGAUUAUAUGGUUAUAGUUCAGGCCAAAAUAAGGUAUUAACCCUUAGUUUUAAUAGUUAUUUAUGAUAUUUGCUAAUUGAAUGAUUGCUUAUUUGUUGUUUUGAAUUCAUAUAUGGACAAGUUUUUAAUAAAAAGACCAUAAACUCUUCCAACAUCAAACACGUCAAGUUGAGAAUCGAGUAAAAGGAAACAUAGUGAAACUCAAUCUUGCUCGCCUUUGGUGAAUCAAAAUACUGAUCUUUCAAGUUUCAAGUAAGUCUCCUUCAUUACCUGAACAUGGAGAACACGUGAUUGACGAUGUGAAUAAACUAGAAGUUGAUCCAGGGUUAAUGAGAAAGUUCUCGGACUUUCCUAUUAAUAUGCAAGAUGAAAUUGGAAGAGCAUAUCUUCUAAGAGAAAUUUUACAAUGCUAUAUAGUAUUGGUGCUAUAGGAUUUUGCUUUUAUGGUACAACUUAAAAUUGUACAUUUAUGUUAUGGUACAACUUUAGAUUGUACCUAUACUUUUUGUACAAAUUCUUUUAUGGUACAACUUGAAUUUGUACCUUUAUGUGAUGGUACAACUUCAAGUUGUAAAGUUGUACCAUAACAUAAUGGUACAAAUUGCUUUAUGGUACAACCUAAACUUAUACAUUUAAUGUUAUGGUACAACUUUAAGUUGUACAUUAAAGCACCAAUACUAUAUAGCAUAGUAGAAGGGCUCAUCUUCUAAAAGGUCCUCAUCAGCCAACUGGUCCUACUUUUCCAAUUUCUAACAUGAGCGGGUUCAAUCGAAGAUUCAAUCCAGCUUGGUAUAAGGAGUAUAAGAAUUGGCUUGAAUACUCGAUUGCAAGAACUGAACACUCAUGUGUUGUUGACAUGAGAUCGCGGUCGCAAUCUCUAGUAUGUCAACUGUAAACUUUGCCCUGACCAUGACAACAUGUUUUCACCAAUUCCUUAUGCUUAAUCAUUCAUCUAAAUAAUUCAAACAUCCAAAGACAAGACAAAGGCAAGGGCUAAGUCAUAUUAAUCAUUCUCAAUGCAAUUCUUAUUUCUACUCAAGUAAUUAUUCAAAAAGAAAAAGGAAAAGAUACACAAACCGAGUUGUUGGAUUGCCUGCCACAAGCGCGUCUUCAAAAGUCUUUUUGCCGGACUUGACUCCUUGAGAUAAAAAGGCGAGAUCUCCCUCCUUCACCGAUGAUUCUUCGUAGAAAUCAUAUUUAUGGUGAAGUCCCAAGUGAAAACUAUGGAUUCUCUCGGAUGCCUCAUCCUGUGCUUGAAAUAGGAAUGAUUCAUCCGAAGGUUGAUGCGCAUGAUUGAAGUAACCAAGCUCUCUUUUACUUGUAUCAUCAUCAGUGAAUGUCUUAUAACAUUCCCUGAAUUCUUCAUCUUCGAGUAUAGGAGCUAUGUUGUUCUUAACAUCCCGACCUCUUUCCUUGGGGUAUCUCUCUUCAAAGAUGAACCUCUUAAGUUUCUUUAUAUGAUCAUUGACUUGAUGAGAAACUUAGAACAACUCUUGAGUAUCCCUUUUGUGAGAAAAUUUUUCCUUACCCGGUCUCUUUAUAAUCUUGAAAGAAUCACACGCACCUUCAACUAUACUAUCAUGGGGGUCAACUUGAGAGACCAUUUUGCUCUCCCGCAGUCCUCAUUAUGUCGACGCCCUCCUCUACCACCACCAUCAUCAUGUGAGUCACUCUCCCCCACUAUCUCUGUCUCCAAACCCAUAUAUGUCUUUUUCGUGUGGUAAGGCUAUCAAUGUACUAGUAAUAUUAUCGAUGGAGUGGUACGUUAUCAGUGUACUAGUAAUGUUAUCGAUGGAGUGGUACUGGUAAUGUUAUCGGUGGAUUGGUAACGUUACAAGUGUUCUGGCAAUGUUAUCAAUGGAUUGGUAACGUUACAAGUGUUCUGGCAAUGUUAUCAAUGGAUUGGUAACGUUACAAGUGUUCUGGCAAUGCUAUCAUAGAGUGGUAACGCUGUGUUUUGAUAUAGUCGUCUCCACGUGCCACUAGGCGCUCAAUUUUAUCGCAACAUAAGGGAUAUGAAUAUCAAGGGGAAGGAUGGUGCAGAUGGUGUUAUCUAGAGUUGAAGAGAGACUUUUUUGAAAAGCUAAAACCCUAGAAAGAUAGUAUAGAGAAAAUGAGUCUUUUGGACAAGAAGUAGAGCUUGAAAAAAAAAAAGAUUUCCAGCAGCUUGGAGUUAUUUUCUGAUGGUUUUCCCUCCCCUAUCCCUUGUUCUUCUUCUCCCCUUAAUGGGGGAAUUUCUCAAGGUACGUAGGGCUUACUCCUCCAAAACCUAGUUUAUGGUUUAGUAUGUAAUGAAUUAUGAUUGUUAAUUUAUGGUUUGAGUUCAAUUAGUGUCUAAUGCUUUAACUCAUGGUUUAUAUUCAUGUAGAUUAUGUUUGCAAGUGUUUUGUCCUGUCAAUGUAAAGACUUAGCUUAGGUUGUGAUGGCCAUUCCCCUAGGUUGAGUGCUCAUUUAAUUGAUGACUCUUGAAAGUUUACAUGACCAUUGAUUCGUUCAAGUGGUGUAAAAAAACUAACCUAACUAACCUGAUUUUGGCUGAUUUGACAUGACAAAAUCGUAUAAAUUAUAGAUUUCAAAGAUUUUAAUGUUUCUAAUUGGGAUUAUAUGGGCUUUAAUGAUUCAAAUAUUUAGUAGUAAAAUCAAGAUCACGACAUCAUGAAAACAUAAAAUUUUAAGAUUAAAAUUAGAAUUUGACUACACUAAGUCCAAUUACCUUUUAAGAAAGUACAUUUUUUUAAGUUAAGCAUGUCACGAACUUAGAUCUACCAAUGUCCGGAUGAUCAUCAUGUCACGCAAGUGCAACUCACAUCAUGUUAAACAAGAUUACAUUUUUAACUCUCACUUGACUAGCUACGCACACGGCCACCUUACUUUCAGAGUGAUGAAGUCUCAUGUAGUUACACACUCCUUCAUAUAAGAGCUUAAGUUCAAGUAUGUUACGAUCACUUUGCUAGCAUGAGGUUACCUAACAUCCCACAGUGAUGAAGGUCAUGUUAUCACGUUUUGGUGGCCAGACGUUUGCGCUAGAAGUGUUGAGCUCGAGUUUCCUCAUUUCCAAGAAAACUAAGCUUAAUAACACACCAUCAUUACAAAAAUAAAAGAUUGAGAUUGUUCUGAUAAAUUAUCGCAAUUUUUCGAAUCAAAUAAAUCUCUGUGGCGUAAGAAAAUAUUUCUCAUUUCUCCCUCAAAUAGAUUUUCCUUUUUGGCGAAGCGAUUUCACCCUUUCUGCUGUUGUCUUGGGAGACCCACCAAAGCACGAAAGCCAGGAUCUCAUGUGCUUUUUAUCUAUGUAUGUAUGUAUUUAAGUAUGCCAAGGUGUUCUUUCUUAAGUACAAAUGAAUCUAGGACGUAUGACUGACCCCAUACACGCACUCAGGACUUCUAGAAUCACAUAAACUUGGCAGGGAAUCAAUAGUUUAUCACAAGGAUUAGUGUCUCUAACAUAAGCAUGUCAGAGAAUCAGUAGUUCAUCGCAAGAAUUAGUGGCUUCAGAAGACUUCGACACUUAGUUAAGUUCAGUAUAUGGUGGGACAUGAAACUUGAUGGUGUUUUAUGAAGGAUAAUGAAUUAUUAUGAUAAGU